UAUUUGGAGUCCAAAAUUUUUGUCAAGGGUAGCAAGCAGAAGAUCCAAGACACCAACACCACAAACAAAGUCCCUCUUUAGAAUUGGAAGCCGGCGUUGCACCACGCCAACGCCGACCUCCCUAUCAAGAAGUUCUAGCCCCAACAAGAACAUCAAUGAAAACGAUGAUAAUAAUAAUAACAAUAAUAAUAGUAGUAGUAGUAUUAAAAAUAAUGAUAAUAAUGUGUUACCAGAAAUUAGUUCAAAUCCUCUAAAGAGGAUCUUGAGCAGAAGAGGAACCACAUCAGGUCCAUUAUUAAGGAGCAAUAGCAAAUUGGAAAUAUCAGGGCCAGAGUUGAUAUACCAUGCAGGAUCUCAUCGUCAUGGUGCAUCUUCUAUAAUCAAUGAUAUGGGAAUGUGGAUUCCUGGGGAUUCUGAACAUGUUCCUGAAGUGUCGGUGUCAAGCAAUCUGAGCCGUAGAUUGACAACACCUAUCUUAUUUUCACAGACAACAGUUAGAAGGAAACCACCAGAAGUUGAGAAGAUCAUAGAAUGCUCACUUGAGGACUUGUGCUUUGGAUGCACCAAAAAGAUUAAAGUUACCAGAGAUGUUAUCAAACAUCCCGGGGUAAUGGUCCAAGAGAUUGAGAUUUUAAAGAUUGAAGUGAAGCCAGGAUGGAGAAAAGGAACAAAGAUAAAAUUUGAGGGAAAGGGUGAUGAGAAACCUGGAUACCUCCCUGCUGAUAUAGUGUUCAUAAUUGAAGAAAAGAAACACAAUUUGUUUAGAAGAGAAGGCAAUAAUGACUUGGAAAUAUGUAUUGAGAUUCCUCUAGUAGAUGCACUCACAGGGUGCUCUUUACCAAUUCCUGUAUUAGGAGGGGAGAAGUUGACUUUGUCAUUUGAAAAUACUGUUGUAUACCCUGGAUAUGUGAAGGUUAUUGAAGGUCAAGGCAUGCCAACCAUUAAAAACGAUGGGAAAAGAGGUGACCUCCAUGUCAAGUUUCUAGUUGACUUCCCCAAAGAAUUGAGUGAUGAACAACGCCAAGAAGCUUUUAGAAUCUUAGAAAAUUGUUGCUAAUGAUGACCAUAGUUGUACAUUUGUAUAUUUUGUAUGCAUAUAUGAAUGCAUUUGCUAUCAGUUAAAGACACAAAUUUUCUGGUAAUGAUAGAUAUACAAUUCAUGCACAAUGUUGGCAUUGGAUUAUUUCUCCAUAGAAAAUAGCUGAUAAUUACAUAUAUUUGUGUAUAUAAUACCUAUAAUCA